CGGUACGGGGGCUUUUAACUUCUUCUAAGAAGAGGGAGGUCAUUUUGGUUUUCUUGUGAGCUAGUGCAGACAGAUUGAGAUUUUCAGCCGAAGGCAAAGGCACAGAAGAAGAGAGAGAGUAGCUGCCAAACAAAAGGGAGGAAAAAAGAAUGGAUGCGUUGGAUUCAGUUUUCGAUCCGCUGAGGGAUUUCGCCAAGGACAGCGUUCGUCUGGUCAAGCGCUGCCACAAGCCCGACCGCAAAGAAUUUUCCAAGGUUGCGGUGCGUACAGCGAUAGGAUUCGUGGUGAUGGGAUUCGUUGGAUUCUUCGUCAAGCUCAUCUUCAUCCCCAUCAAUAACAUCAUCGUCGGAUCUGCCUGACUCUCUUUCCCCACAGAUCUGGUUAUGUUGAUGCACACUGCAAGCAAGAAAAUUUUCGAGGUGGAAAACAGCAGACCAGUUACCACUGAAGAUGGAUUCAAGUUAUACAUAUUACAGCUAUGCGUUUGGAUGUCUUCCUUGUCUUUGCCAUAUAUCUUUCCAAAAAUGUGCUGAUUUAAUGUUGCAUAAUAAGAUAUUUACAUUGUUGAUGGUUGAAAUGUAUACUGCAUUUGGCGUUCAUCUAUUAUUUCACUGUGCCACCAAUAUCAAAUUAAGUGGAUUACCUUUUAAUAGUUACCUUGAUUUAGUCAAUGGGAAGUCGGGAUGGAAAUCUCUACGUCCAAUAGCUUGUGUUUCAUUUAUAUAUUUUCCUUUGUAUUUCUAAAUUUAGUUUCUAUGUUUUGCACCUCCUUCAAUUUUGCAUGUAAUAUGUUAUAGUUGGAUCCCCAAUUUUUUGGAAUGCUCCAAAUUUGACUUCAUUUCACAAAA